UUUAUCAAUAAAAAGCAAUAUUUGGAUUAGGAGAAUUUUUUUCGCGAUGUUUAGAAAACUACUGGGAAUUUUUUUCUUUUUCACAAUAUCUAGUGAAGUUAUUUCGCGCAUUCCCAAUGAUGAUAGGUUAUUAAAAAUCGAAUUUCGACAACUUCUACCGGUUAAGGAAGAAUAUAUAGUCCUCGACAAAAACGAAAUCCAUGAAAAGUUAAGAACAUUAGAAAUGGGAGAAGCAAUUCCAUACGAACUUGAAAAUUUAGAAAAUGAAGAAGAUGAAUAUACAAUAAAAUCAGCGAUGGAUAUAUUCAAACAGUACACUUGUAUACGUUUCAGAUCCAGAACUGAUUCGGACCAAGAAUAUUUAUUUAUUAGUGGCAACUCGAGUGAAUGUAGUACAACCUCUAAAAAUGAAUUUGUGCUGAUUGAAUUAGCUCCUGAUUGUUUGCUCAGAGUUGGUACCACAUUACAUGAAUUUAUGCAUGCAAUGGGAUUCGCACAUGAACAUAUGAGACCCGACAGAGAGGAAUACAUUAACAUACUUACAGAAAAUAUCCAAAAUGGUUAUGAAGACCAAUUUGAAAUAUUAACAGAAUACGACACAUUAGGUCUACCAUACGAUUUUGAUUCUGUACUUCAUUAUUCUCCAUGGGCCUUUCAAUCGAAGGAUGCACCUACCAUCGAAGCCAAGGAUAAUUACAUAGAAUUCCAAGAGAGAAUGGGACAAAGAGCAGGAUUUAGUAAAGGAGAUAUUGCAAAAAUCAAUGUCAAAUUGUGUCCAGAGAAAAGCGAGCAAUUCCACUUAAGUGAAGACUUUUUGUACGCUAAGACACCAAUACCAAUAUCAAAUAAUAGUAUUUACUAACAAGAAAAUUAUUAAUUCGAAUAGAAAUAACUUUGGA